AUCCGUGACUCCUUGAUCUUCUUCCUGCGUGGAGAGCCUUCGCGCGUGAGGCUUAACGCGCAGGAGGUCUCACGAGAGUGGAAGCAACUCUCGCGAAUUUUAAAAUUUAUCUUUUUGCCUAGCGACUGACAACAGGCUGGUUGCUUGGCGUGGAAUCCUAAAGUGGCCUGGCUUUGAGACUGGAGUAAGACCCCAGCCCUAGGCUGGGGUUCUUUCCAUUAUAGAGGAGACGGAUUCAGAAGGGCUACAGACCAAGGUUGUUGAAAACCAGACAUAUGAUGAGCGUCUAGAGAUUAACGACUCCGAAGAGGUUGCAAGUAUUUAUACUCCAACCCCAAGACACCAAGGACUUCCUCGUUCUGCCCAUCUUCCUAACAAGGCUAUGGCUGAUAACAGCAGUGAUGAGUAUGAAGAGGAAAAUAACAAGGUCCUAAGGGAGGGCAUGCCACAGGCUCCAGGCCACAGAGGCAAAGACAUGGACCCUGUUCCACCUGCCCCUGCAAGUCGCAAGUGCCACCAGACCCCUUCUCAUGUACUUGAGAGGGUGGGAUGGUACAGAGAGAGCCAGAAGCACAGAAAGGAGAAGAAGAAGACCUCACAGUUGACACCUCAACGGGGCUUUAGUGAAAAUGAGGAUGACGAUGAUGAUGAUGAUUCAUCUGAAACUGAUUCUGAUUCUGAUGAUGAUGAUGAAGAGCAUGGAGCCCCUCUGGAAGGGGCCUAUGACCCUGCAGACUAUGAGCAUUUGCCAGUUUCUGCUGAAAUUAAGGAACUCUUCCAGUACAUCAGUAGGUACACACCUCAGUUGAUUGACCUGGACCACAAACUGAAGCCUUUCAUUCCUGAUUUUAUCCCAGCUGUCGGGGAUAUUGAUGCAUUCUUAAAGGUCCCACGUCCUGAUGGAAAGCCUGACAACCUUGGCCUAUUGGUAUUGGAUGAACCUUCUACAAAGCAGUCAGACCCUACGGUGCUCUCACUCUGGUUAACAGAGAAUUCUAAGCAGCACAACAUCACACAACAUAUGAAAGUAAAAAGCCUAGAAGAUGCAGAAAAGAAUCCCAAAGCCAUUGACACGUGGAUUGAGAGCAUCUCUGAAUUACACCGUUCUAAGCCCCCUGCGACUGUGCACUACACCAGGCCCAUGCCCGACAUUGACACGCUGAUGCAGGAAUGGUCCCCGGAGUUUGAAGAGCUUUUGGGCAAGAGAUGGAAUUUCACCAUGUUGCCCAGGCUGGUCUCGAACUCCCAGGCUCAGACGAUCUGCCCACCUCAACGUCCCGCAGUGCUGGUAAGCCUGCCCACGGCAGAGAUUGAUUGCAGCCUGGCAGAGUACAUUGACAUGAUCUGUGCCAUUCUAGACAUCCCUGUCUACAAGAGUCGGAUCCAGUCCCUCCAUCUGCUCUUUUCCCUCUACUCAGAAUUCAAGAACUCACAGCAUUUUAAAGCUCUCGCCGAAGGCAAGAAAGCAUUCACUCCUUCAUCCAAUUCCACCUCCCAAGCUGGAGACAUGGAGACAUUAACCUUCAGCUGAGACACCUCCCAAGCUGCUGUUUCAAGGCUGAGCUGGCCCCUCUGCCCCAGCUGAGAUGGACAGAUCGUUGUCAGCUACUUGAUGUCCUUGCCCAUGCCACAGCUUGGCUCAGGGGCAGUGCAUGUCCUGCUGCCCUCUCUGCCAGAGGGCACAGAACAUGUUUGUUUAAUGAACCUGCCUGCCUCAGAUUGCUGUCCCCGGGGAGUUAAUGCAUCUACACCACUGUGGGGAUUUGAGUUAUAAGAAUUGGAAUUUCUGAGAUCCCAUGGAGGUUGGAUUGGGAGGAAAGCUUAAAAGAUGUCCUUUUUGUGAGAGGGAUGGAAUUGUUUUCUUUCAUUCGUAAAGUUAGUGGGUAAAGAUUUUAUAAAUCAAAUGCUCUAUUAUAUUGUCAGAUUAUUCUGCUAUUUAAUAUGAAAGAGAAAAGGCUGACUGAGCAUAACGCAGAGACACAGGAACUUUGCUUAGUAAUGGGCAUUAAAUGAAGAGUAGUUAAAGCAAACAAAUUUUGUGAAAUAAAAUGAAGCCCCAAUCCUCCAAGAUUGGCAGUCAAGGGGAAUCAUUUUUCCUCUGGAAUUUAAUUUUUCUAAGGGUCUCUCUUCAGUUAAUGCCGCCUUCCUGAGGCUGUCUGGCUCCAGACCUGUCUGGUUGUGGUCUCAGGGAGCGUAGCUAUUGCGGUAAUCCAGGUGAGAGGUGAUUGGGGUGGCAGUAGUAGAGAUGGACAGAUUCAGUAAAUAUUUUGGAGUUAUGUCAGCCAAGCUCCAGUCAGGAAGUCUGAAACCAUGCUAGUUAUUUCUAACAAAGGGUGUUUAGCCAGGCACAGUGGCUCACGCCUGUAAUCCCAGAACUUUGGGAGGCCCAGGCAGGCAGAUCAUGUGGUCAGGAGUUCGAGACCAGCCUGGCCAAUAAUAUGGUGAAACCCCACCUCUACUAAUAAUACAAAAAUUAGCCGGGCGUGGUGGUGCAUGCCUGUAGUCCCAGCUACUCAGGAGACUGAGGCAGAAGAAUCACUUGAAUCCGUGAGGUGGAGGUUACAAUGAGCUAAGAUCGUGGCACUGCACUCCAGCUUGGGCAACAAAGCAAAACUGCAUCUCAAAAAAAAAAAAAAAAAAAAGGGGGUGUUUAAUAUGGGGAAUUGGCCAGGCGCAGUGGCUCAUGCCUGUAAUCCCAGCACUUUGGGAGGCUGAGGCGGGUGGAUCACUUGAGGUCAGCAGUUCAAGACUGGCCUGGCCAACAUGGUGAAACCCUGUCUCUACUAAAAAUACAAAGAAUUAGCUGGGUGUGGUGGUGGGCACCUGUAAUCUCAGCUACUCGGGAGGCUGAGACAGGAGAAUCACUUGAACCCAGGAGGUGGCAGUUGCAGUGAGCCAAGAUCGCGCCACUGCACUCCAGCCUGGGCAACAGAGCAAAACUCUUUCUCAAAAAAAUAUAUAAUAAUAUGAUAAAUUGGUUACAAAAGUGUUGUAGAGGCUGAAGGAGCAAAAGGGAGAACGGAGGGUACUGAGGAACAUAAAAGUUAAAGGGGUGGUAGUCACUGCCGGCGCUGAUAGCAGAGGUGCUGUCUAAAAAAACAAAACAAAACAAAAUUGAUACCAUCAGCCUAAUAGAUACACAAUAAACACAUGGGUAGGAGAGGAACUGUUUCUUACAAACCCUUUAACUAUGAUCAUCAUGCUUGAGUUUAAGGAGCAGGCACGUUUGAGCUGAUGACAAACUUUGAGCUGACAAAACUGAGGCUUACAGCAACCUCCACCUCCCGGGUUCAAGCGAUUCUCCUGCCUACGCCUACCGAGUAGCUGGGAUUACAGGCAUGCACCACUACACCCGGCUAAUUUGUUCUGUAUUUUCAGUAGAGAUGGGGUUUCACCGUGUUAGCCAGGGUGGUCUCAAUGUGCUGACCUCAUGAUCCAACUGCCUCAGCCUCCCAAAGUGCUGGGAUUACAGGCAUGAGCCACUGCGCCCAGCCUCACCCAGCUAAUUUUUGGUUUUUUGUUUUGUUUUGUUUGUUUGAGACAGAGUCUCACUCUGUCACCGAGGCUGGAGUGCAGUGGUGGUGCGAUCUUGGCAUACCGCAGCCUCUGCCUUCUGGGUUCAAGCAAUUCUCCUGCCUCAGCCUCCCCAGUAGCUGGGAUUACAGGCAUGCGCCACCACGGCUGGCUAAUUUUUGUAUUUUUAGUAGAGACGGGGUUUCACCAUGUUGCCCAGGCUGGUCUUGAAUUCCUGCCUUUAGGUGAUCUGCCUGCCUUGGCCUCCCAAAGUGCUGGGAUUAUAGGAGUAAGCCACUCUGCCCAGGCUUAAUUUUUAUAUAUAUAUUUUUUUGUAGAGACAAGUUCUUGUUAUGUUGCCCGGGCUGGUCUGCAACUCCUGGCCUCAACUCAUCCUCUGGUCUUGGCCUCCCAAAGUGCUGGGAUUAUAGGCAUGAGCCACUGCGCCUGGCCCUCAAUAUUUAUUUAUGAUUUGCUAUUGUUUGCCUAUUUGUCCCCUCCAAAACUCAUGUUGAAAUUUAAUCCUCAAUGCGGCCGUAUCAAGAAGUGGGGCCUUUAAGAGGUGUUUGGGUCACGAGGGCUCUGCCCUGAUGAGUGGAUUAAUCCACUUAUAGAUUAAUGGGUAUUAAAUGCAUUGGCGGCUUAUCAUGGGAGUGGGACUGGUGGCUUUAUAAGAAGAGAGACCUGACUUAGCAUGUCCAGCCCCCUUGCCAUGUGAUGCUCUGCAUUGCCUCAGAAUUCUGCAGAGUCCCCACAAGCAAAAAGACCCUCACCAGAUGUACCCCUCAACCGUGUACGUCCCGGCCUCCAGAAUUCUAAGCAAAUUAACGCAGGAACAGAAAACCAAACAGGGCAUGUUCUUACUUGUAAGUGGGAGCUAAAAAGGCCGGGCACAGUGAGUCACACCUGUAAUCCCAGCACUUUGGGAGGCUGAAGCCGGAGGACUGCUUGAGCCCAAACGUUUGAGACCAGCCAGGGAACGAAGUGAAACCACGUCUCUACAAAAAAUACAGUAUUAGCCAGGCAUGAUGGUAUGCGCCUGUGGUCCCAGCUACUCGAGAGGCUGAGGUAGGAGGAUCGAUUAAGCCCGGGAGGUCGAGGCUGCAGUGAGCCGUGAUUGUGCCACUGCACUCCAGCCUGGGUGACAGAAUGAGACCCUGUCUUAAAACAGAUAUAAAAAUAAGUGAGAGCUAAACAUGGAGCACACAUGGACAUAAACAUGGGAAGAACAGACACUGUGGACCACUAGAGUGGUUGAAAAACUACCUAUUGGAUACUAUGCUCACUACCUGGUGUAAUACCAGGUAACAAUCCUGCACAUGUACCCUGUGUAUCUAAAAUAAAAGCUGAAUUUAAAAAAAAAAUUGUUUUUAAUAAAUGACCCAGUUUUAGGUAUUGUUAUAAGUAACAAAAAAUGGA